AUGCCAAAGAAAGAUAUUGUUGAACAUUCAAUUCGAUUAAGCAUUCGCAAUGAAUUGCCCAGAAGCGAGAUAACUAGUGACACUUCACAACAAAAACAUAAAUCUAAUGCUAUAAUUUCGGGAUUGGAUCGAACACAGUCUGGAGUCUUACGCUCGAAUGAAUUGAAAGCUAUUAUAAAUCCGUCAGUAAUCAGCCGACAGAUAACCAGUAGGUCGCUGACUAUGGAUAAUAAAAAAAUUAUUGAGGAUAAAACGCAGCAAUCGCUAAAAUCACUAGGCAGUACACAAGUGACUACAGAAUCAGGUCGAUCAAAAACUUUAACAGAAUCAACGCUAGAAAAUAUUCUAUCAUCGAGAAAAACGCCAAAAAUACAAUCAAAACAGUUAUCUAAAACAUGCCAAGAGCCACCUGUGUUAAACACAUUACAUGAAGAAGUAAGCUCUUCACUAACUUCGCAAAAAUUAUGCUCAGAAUCCGAUGAAUCUGGAAGCAGCGACGAAAGCUAUGACACUACAGACGAAUCUAAAAGAACAGCAACGCUAACAUCAUCUUCUACAAAUUCAAAAAAAUCAUAUGAAAGAGAAUCAGCUACAGAUUCAAGUAAAUCAUCUAGAAUAAAUCAUCUACGACGUCGAUGA